UUCAUAAAGCAGUCUCCAUUCACAUCUCUCUGACGUCCAUAUGCCCCUGACCAGUGACGAAAGCGGGUCCUUUAAAAGGCAUCUUUAAAAAAUUACGAAUGACCGGGGGAUAAAAUUGUACACCUGGUGGUCUCCAUCUACAAGUGGAAUCUGUUCUGGAUUUGGAAUAUAUCGACUUCUACUUUAUAGUGUCCUGCGUUCUUAGGCAACUCUCCAACAACUUGUUCCAAAGGUUCUCAAUCUGCGCAGGCAGUUUGGUCUCCAUUUGAAGAUGGCAAUCCACGUGGAAGGGCUGGUAGCAAUAAUUCUGUUCUAUCUACUCAUUCUGUUUGUUGGAAUAUGGGCUGCGUGGAAAAACAAAAACUCUGGAAUGGCAGCAGGGACAGAUCGCAGUGAAACAAUCAUGGUUGGUGGGAGAGAUAUAGGGUUAUUUGUUGGGGGAUUUACAAUGACAGCUACAUGGGUUGGCGGAGGAUAUAUCAAUGGGACUGCAGAAUAUGUAUAUUUACCUGGGUUUGGACUAGCCUGGGCUCAGGCUCCAUUCGGAUACGCGCUUAGCCUGAUAGUAGGUGGUAUGUUUUUUGCUAAACCAAUGCGCUCCAGGGGCUACGUUACCAUGCUGGACCCGUUUCAGCAAAUCUACGGUAAAAGAAUGGGAGGGCUACUCUUCAUCCCCGCUCUCAUGGGAGAGAUCUUCUGGUCAGCAGCUAUCCUAUCAGCACUAGGUGCAACUUUGAGUGUGAUAGUGGACAUGAAUAUCAACACCUCAGUCAUUGUCUCUGCUCUCAUAGCAAUCUUUUACACUCUGGUCGGAGGGUUGUAUUCUGUUGCCUAUACAGAUGUGGUUCAGCUGUUCUGCAUUUUCUUGGGGCUGUGGGUCAGUGUGCCUUUUGCAUUGUCCAAUCCAGCCGUGUCAGAUAUAGGAGUGACCGCUUAUAAAUAUAUUCAUCAAGAGCCGUGGUUGGGAUCCAUCAACUCAUCAGAUAUAUACAUGUGGCUGGACAACUUCUUUUUAUUAAUGUUGGGGGGAAUUCCCUGGCAGGUGUAUUUUCAGCGGGUUCUUUCUGCCUCUUCAGCUACCUAUGCUCAAGUACUGUCCUUCCUGGCUGCGUUCGGCUGUUUAGUGAUGGCUGUGCCAUCUGUUCUUAUUGGUGCAAUAGGUGCCUCUACAGACUGGAAUCAGACUUCGUAUGGGCCUGUGCAGCCGAAGAUGAAGGAGGAGUCGGACAUGAUUCUGCCAAUCGUACUCCAGCAUCUUUGCCCCUCAUAUAUUUCCUUUUUUGGUCUUGGGGCUGUGUCAGCUGCAGUGAUGUCAUCUGCCGAUUCAUCAAUCCUAUCUGCAAGCUCCAUGUUUGCCCGUAACAUCUACCAGCUUGCAUUUAGACAAACGGCAUCUGAUAGAGAGAUCGUGUGGGUAAUGAGGAUUACCAUUUUCGUGUUUGGAGCCGUGGCGACGGCCAUGGCCCUGUUAACUGGAACAGUGUACGGCCUGUGGUAUUUGAGCUCAGAUCUCGUCUACGUCAUCAUCUUCCCUCAGCUGUUGAGCGUGCUCUUCGUUAAGGGAACAAACACAUAUGGGUCAGUGGCGGGAUAUAUCUUUGGUUUACUGUUGAGGAUCAGUGGAGGAGAACCAUAUCUUAAACUACCCCCCUUCAUUUACUAUCCCGGCUGGACCGAACAGAUCAAAGAACAUCCUCUAACAGGAGCAGUAGAACACAUCAUUGUUCAGAAAUUCCCAUUCAAAACUAUAUCGAUGUUGUCCUCUUUUUUGGCAAACGUGGCAUUCUCCUACCUAUUUAAGUAUCUUUUUGAAAGUGGUUCACUGGCUCCUAAAUAUGACUUCUUCGAUGCUGUUUUGACAAAGCACAGCAAAGAAAACAUGGAUAAAACCACGUUGGUAAACAGUGACAAUAUCGUACUGUCUGAAUUAGCACCUGUCAAACCAAGACAUAGCAUUGCGGUUGCUGCUGGAUUCGUAAACAAGGAAGCUUUAAGUGAUGAGGAUACUAGCCCAAAUUCGUCAAACAAUGAACAUGACUGAUGCUUCUUCAGGGCUCUGUAGCCUUAAUGGAACAGCCUUAAUGAAAUAUGUAUAGUGAGAAGGGUUUCAGCCAAUUAACCAUUGUGUGUGGAUCUGGAUAUUCAGUUUUAAUUGCUGCUAUAUAAAUGAAUAGGCAAUGAAAGCAUACCAACUUAAUUAAUAAUUUGAACCACAGCCAUCCAUUAAAAAGCGCUGUAGAAUGAACUCUAGUGCAAUAUUAGACUGGAAGGUAAUAAUAGCCACCAUCAUGUUUGGAUACAUUGACUUCCAUUUAAAUAGGUAUGUGCAGUUUUCUUUUUCUUUUCUUUAAUAUUUGCUGCAGGGAAUCUGGAACAAUGGAGCAAUAAUAAUGUGUUAAUUUCUACCAACACAUUCACAAGCAAUAGCAUGAACAACAUGCACAGUAACAACAUGAACCAACCUGAACAUAAUUCACUAAGGAUUAUUCGGUGUGUUUAACAUUAAUGCCCCUGUUAUAUAAUAACUGCUAUUGUACGUAUACAAAUAUUCUACUUAGCUUUGCGGGAACCACACAUUAAACAGCCAUUUAGACCACAAAUCCUACUGAGGAGUAGAUUGAUAACAAACUACUGUACCAUUUUAUUGCACUAUUUCCCUGUUUUAUGGUGCUAUUUAAUCAAACUUCUAGAUAUACUGUUGGUCAAAAUGUUAACAGUUAAAAAAUUAACAGUCAAAACUGUUUAAGAUCUUCAUUUAAAAUGUCUAAACAGUGGCUCUAGUUUAACUGAAUGCUGCUCGCAGGGAAAGAUAAUGGCUGCUGUAUGUUUUAACUGAAUCAAUCCCUUAUGUCCACUGACUGUAAGUACCACACCAAUCUUUCCUCUAUGGAUACAAGCCCUUGCAGAGCAGUGGAAUAACCGUUUCAUUCCAGUCCAUUCUUUUUUUUUUUUUUUGUCAGUGUCCGGCUCUUUGUUUUUCUAUUACUAUGGUUGGAAUUUCACUUUGCAUAUUGUACAGUUGUGGAGUUAUAUUAAUAUUUUUUUGCUAUUUCAGGGCUAUUGAGUUGAGAAUACUUAAUAAUAAUGGCCACAGUGUAAUGGACACCUGUAAAUCACAAUCUAGUGGACAGCUUGCACAAACGUCAUUACUAUAACUUAUACAAUACAUAAGUAAAAUACAAAUGUUAUAUUUGUUCCUUGCCUAUUUUUUCAUAAACCUUUAAUGCAGAAUACAUAUUUCUACCAAUGAGAAAUCUUUUUCCAAAGAUGUCAACAUUGACACUUUCUAUGUAGCGAUAAAUUUAAAUAUUAUUAUCUAUACUAUAAACUUCAAUUUGUGCUAAAAGCAAAUGUAUCCCAAAACCCAUUAAGACAAUUCCUUUCGCUUCCCGAUGUCCUGAGAGGUGUAAGCACUCCUUGGAGCCGCGCCGGUUGGGUCACAAGCCGAGCCCCGGGACAGGAGCACAGUAU